CGUAACGAGUGUAGCGGAGUCCGUAAUGGGUCCGUUCCGCUCGCAGUGGAAGGAGGCCGGCAUAAUAACUAACGUAUGUCAAAAACUAAAUUUGUAUGAAACUGACAGUUCGUGUCGUGUCAAAUUUUAGUUUUCUUUUUUUAUAGUAAAUUCUGACAUUGAUCUUAUAUUUACUGUCAAACUGUUAAACUUUUGAAAUUUCAAUGUCGUGCUUUCGUGUUCGGUGGUACGAGUGUUACGACUGACGAGGUUUUUGUAUCAAUGUGCACAAUUAAUAUUUUUUACUGAAAUUGACUGAAUUAGUGAGUUCAAAAUGAGUGAAAACAACAUUCAAAAUGGUUUACCUGACGACCAGCCCCAAGAAAAAACAGCCAAACAAUUAGAAAAGGAAGCAAAAAAAGCUGCAAAAUUAGAAAAGUUGAAAGCAAAGUUGGAUAAAAAGAGUGUUGCACCAGCUGUGCCAAAAGAUAAGCCAGAGAAAAAAGCAAAGGAAACAAAAGAAAGUGCAGUAUACACUGCAAAUACUGCAGCUGGUGAAAGGAAAGACAUAACUGGACCUAUGCCAGAUGCCUACAGUCCGAAAUAUGUUGAAGCUGCGUGGUAUGCAUGGUGGGACAAGCAAGGGUUUUUCAAGCCAGAAUAUGGGAAAAAGUCUGUGCUGGACUCUAACCCAAAAGGUCAGUUUGUGAUGGUGAUACCUCCACCCAAUGUAACUGGCUCAUUACAUCUUGGCCAUGCUUUAACUAAUGCUGUGGAAGAUGCUAUUACAAGAUGGCACAGGAUGAAUGGUCGCACAACUCUAUGGAAUCCAGGGUGUGAUCAUGCUGGCAUUGCGACCCAAGUGGUUGUGGAGAAGAAACUGUGGCGAGAGGAGAAAAAGACAAGACAUGAGUUAGGAAGAGAAGAGUUUAUCAAACGUGUUUGGAAUUGGAAAGAAGAGAAAGGUGGUCGUAUUUAUGAACAACUUAGAUCACUAGGGUCCUCACUAGACUGGUCAAGGGAACGGUUCACAAUGGACUCCACUAUGUGUAGAGCCGUGAAUGAAGCGUUCAUAAGAUUACAUGACGCCGGGGACAUCUACAGAGCGAACAGACUCGUCAAUUGGUCGUGCACACUAAAAAGUGCAAUCUCCGAUAUCGAAGUGGAUAAAGUGGAGUUGACUGGACGAACACUGCUGGCUAUACCAGGGUAUGAAAAUAAGGUAGAGUUUGGCGUCAUCGUAUACUUUGCGUAUAAGAUGGAGGAUUCUGAUGAUGAAGUGGUGGUGGCCACCACUCGUGUGGAAACGAUGCUUGGCGAUGUCGCUGUGGCUGUGAACCCUAAUGAUGAUAGGUAUAAAAAGUUUAUAGGAAAACGCUUGGUCCAUCCAAUAGUAAAUAGAAAAUUACCUGUGAUAGCUGAUGAUUAUGUUGACAUGACCUUUGGAACUGGUGCUGUUAAAAUCACUCCGGCCCAUGAUCAGAAUGACUACGAAAUUGGAAAACGUCACAAUUUGCCUUUCAUUAACAUAUUUGAUGAUGAGGGUAGGAUGUUGGACAAUUGUGGACCGUUUGCUGGUAAAAAACGCUUCGACGUCCGUCGGGAAAUAAUUAAGACUUUAGAAGAGAAGAAAUUGUACAGAGACACUGGCGAUAAUGCUAUGGUUGUACCGCUUUGCAGCCGUUCUAAAGAUGUUGUUGAACCAAUGCUGAAACCCCAGUGGUACAUACGUUGUAAUAAUAUGGCGGCUGAAGCAAUCAAAGCGGUGAAGAGCGGUGAACUGAAGAUUAUUCCCGAUGCUCACGAGAAGACCUGGUACCACUGGAUGGAGAAUAUCAGGGACUGGUGCAUAUCAAGACAACUGUGGUGGGGACAUCAGAUACCCGCGUAUAAAGUCAGAUUGCCAGAAAUGGUUUCUAUUGAGGGUACCGAAGAGCGAGUGUACGUAAAACCGCACCGGCGACGCACUCGCUCGGGCCGGAAGAAAGCGCCGAAACGUACGCGAUUUGUACGAACACCGAUAAAUAAUGAAGAAUUAUGGGUAUCGGCUCAUUCAGAAGACGACGCUCGAAAAAAAGCAGCGACCAAGUUCAAUGUGGCCCCUGAAGAUGUGACUUUGAAACGAGAUGACGAUGUCCUGGACACUUGGUUCUCGUCAGGGCUGUUCCCAUUCGCGAUAUUCGGCUGGCCGGAUGAAACGGAUGACUUGAAGGCAUUCUAUCCGACAACAUUAUUGGAGACUGGGCAUGAUAUUCUUUUCUUCUGGGUGGCAAGGAUGGUCUUCUUCGGCCAACGGUUAAUGGGGAAACUACCUUUCAAAGAAGUAUACCUUCAUCCAAUGGUCCGAGACGCUCAUGGUCGCAAGAUGUCAAAAUCUCUGGGCAACGUUAUUGAUCCAGUGGAUGUUGUAACAGGCAUCACAUUGGAAGAGUUGCACGCUCAACUUGCGGAAUCGAAUCUGGAUCCACGCGAGAUUGAGAAAGCGAAGCAGGGUCAGAAGCAGGAUUACCCUAAUGGGAUACCCGAGUGCGGAACUGAUGCUCUAAGAUUUGCCCUAUGUGCGAUGACACAAGGUCGUGAUCUUAACUUGGACAUUCUCCGAGUGCAAGGUUAUAGGUUCUUCUGCAAUAAGUUAUGGAACGCAACUAAAUUCGCUCUCAUGUACUUCCCUAAGGACACGGUUUAUCAGGUACACGGAUCGGGACCGCUGCCGUCAACUCUAUCAAUGGUAGAUAAGUGGAUGAUGUCACGAUUGGCCAACGCAGUGAAUAAAACGAACGAAGGGUUCCAGAACUACGAUUUCCCAGCAGCCACCACCGCCUGCUAUAACCUAUGGCUCUAUGACCUCUGCGAUGUGUACUUGGAAUAUUUGAAGCCCGUAUUUGCUCAAGGCUCGGAAUCCGAGAAAGAAGCGGCAAGACGUACUUUGUACACUGUGUUAGAGUAUGGUCUGAAGCUUCUAAGCCCGUUUAUGCCCUUCGUGACUGAGGAGUUGUACCAGCGUCUUCCAAGAGCUGAUGCUUCUUGUCCGUCUAUAUGUGUGGCUGCUUAUCCUAUUGCCUCAGACACACCGUGGCAAUGCAAAAACUUAGAGACAGAUGUAGAAAAUGUGAUGAAAAUUAUUCACGCUAUAAGAUCGACUCGCUCCGAAUACAACAUCCCUAACAAGACGAAAACAGAUGUUUAUUUAAUUCUCAGUGAGGAAUUGAAGAUUCUUAAAGAUGUGUUCGAGAAGAUGGAAUGUCUUGCCAACAGUAGGUUUGUGGAUGAAGCGCCUCCAGCGGGAUGUUCUAUUUUGCCAAUAUCGGAUAAGAUUGAGGUGCAUCUGUAUUUGAAGGGUCUGGUCGACGCGGAAAAGGAGAUUGUCAAACUUGAAAAGAAGAAAGACGCUCUGGAACAAUCAUUAAAAAAACUCAAGCAAUCCAUGGCUGUAGAUGACUACGAAACGAAAGUACCAGUAGAUGUUCAAAAGUCAAACUUAGAAAAAUUAACCACUACCGAAGGAGAAAUGUUGAGACUAGAAACUGCUAUACAAACACUUAAAGUAUUUUAAAUAAAUUGAACUGUUUUCUUAUGUUGUAUAAGCAAUGUGUUGUAAAGUUAUUUAUUUUGUUUUAUAAAUAAAUGUAUUUUAUUGCAAAA